AUGGAAUAUGGGCAACGAUUAACCAAAGAUGAUCCUGAAGAAGAAGUAAAUCAAAACAUGUAUAGGAGCCUUGUGGGAAGUCUGAUGUACCUUACAAACACUCGUCCUGACAUUAUGUUUGCGGUAAGCAAAGUUAGCCAUUUCAUGGAAAGACCAAGAAGAAGUCAUUGGGAAGCCGGAAAGAGGACUCUAAGAUACAUAAAAGGAACGAUAAGUCAUGGGAUAAUCUACUCUAAAGGAAGUAAAGGAAAAUUAGUGGGAUAUAGUAAUAGUGACUAUGCAGGAAACAUAGACGACAGUAAAAGCACAUCCAGAUACAUUUUCAAUCUAGGAUCAGGGGCAAUUGCUUGGCAAUCAAAGAAACAGAAGGUGGUUGCAUUAUCAUCGACUGAACCAGAAUACAUAGCACUGUCAAUGGCUGGAUGUCAAGCACUUUUGGUUAAAGGGUAUACUUAA